AUGGGCGAAGCAGAACCAACCCCAGUGCAGGUAUAUAACUGUCCUUUUCGAUUACCCCCUGAGUUAGAAUUAACAACAGGAAAUGUGUCAGAAAAUUUCAAGAAAUGGAAAAGACAGGUCGAGGUGUAUCUCGCAGCUUCCGGUGGCACAGAGAAGGCCAAAGAAGUGCAGGUAGCCAUAAUACUAAGUUGUGGAGGCCCCCACGUGGUUGAAAUUUAUGACCAAUUCCAGUGGGACGAUGGUAAUGACAAGAAUGACCCUGAUAAAUUGUUUCAGAAAUUACAAUCUUAUUGUAACCCCAGAUCAAAUGAAGUACUCGAAUCACACAGAUUUUGGAAGCUCCCAUACCAAGAUCCAUUUGAUAGUUUUCUCACAGAUCUGAAGACCCGUGCAGCAUCUUGCAAUUUCCAGGAACCUGACAGAAUGAUGAGAGACAAAAAAGUGUUCACAGUUACUGGAAAGUUACAGGAACUUCUACUCAGAGAGGACAAACUUACACUCGAAAGAACCAUACAAGUUUGUAGGGCGUAUGAACAAUCCAACAGACAAGUAAAGGAGCUACGUGAUGCCACUCUGCAAGUGAACAAACUACAGAGAUCUGAAAAGUACAUGCACAGCAAACCGAAAACAGAGAAAAAGAAGGAAAUUCCAAAGACUAAACACACUCAGUAUAAGAAGAAAGACUGUGAAUUCUGUGGGUACAAACACGAACCAGGGAGACAAAAGUGUCCAGCAUGGGGAAAAUGUUGUGAACAGUGUGGUGGAAGGAAUCACUUCAAAGCAAAGUGCAAGAAGAUACAUUCAGUCAGUCAGGAAGAAGAAUUCAACGAGGACCAAUGGUUGAAAGCUGUUAGUUCUGGUGGCAAAGAAGUGACUGCAAUAAUGCGUAUCAAUGAGUGUGACAUUAGAUUUCAACUUGACAGUGCCGCAGAUGUGAAUACAAUUUCUCAGCGUUAUGUCCGCAAGGAGCAAUGCAAGCCUACCAAAAUCCGCUUGAACAUGUGGAAUAAGACAAACAUGAAACCACUUGGUGAGGCAGAUCUGACAGUCGUCAAUCCACGUACAAAUGAGAAGCAUCAACUCAGAUUCAUUGUUGUUCCAAAUCAUUACACAUGUUUACUUGGACUUGAGGCGGUACAGAAAUUGAAGUUGAUUACCAUAAAUAACGAGAAAUUCAUAUCCAGUGUAUCAAGCAGUGACUUAGGUGAUUUGGGAACAGCCCAUCUACAUGUCGACCCAAAUGUGAAACCCAAAGCUCUUCCCUGCAGGAAGAUCCCUAUCGCACUCCAGAGCUUGGUACAUGAGGAACUUCAGAAGCUUGAAGAUAGAGGAGUACUUAUUCCGAUUACAGAGCCUACUCCAUGGGUCAGCCAGAUGGCUAUUGCUCGUAAAGCCAACGGCAAGCUAAGAUUGUGUAUUGACCCGCAAGCACUCAACACAGCAUUGAUGAGAGAACAUUAUCGCCUACCUGUUCUUGAUGACAUUCUACCGCAGCUCAGUAAGGCCAGAACCUUCACAAAACUUGAUGUCAAGGAGGCUUUUUGGCAUGUGAAGUUGGAUGAGGAAUCCAGCAGACUAACGACAAUGAUAACCCCUUUUGGAAGGUACAGAUGGGCAAGGCUACCGUUUGGACUAAAGGUAUCAAGUGAAAUAUUCCAGAGGAAACUGGAUGAGGUGUUCGGAAACAUGACAGGUGUUUUCAGCGUGGUAGACGAUAUCAUAAUAGCCGGCUGUGGAGAAAACGAUGUAGAAGCUGAGCAAGACCAUGCUUUAAAAUUGAGAAAAGUGUUGGAGAGAUGUGAGGAGAGACACAUCAUCUUGAAUAAAGAAAAACAGGAGAUUGGACUGAAAGAAAUCUCAUUUCAUGGACAUGUUAUUUCUAGAGAUGGAGUGAAAAUUGAUGACAAGAAAGUAAAAGCCAUUAAUGACAUGCAACCUCCUACUGAUGUUUCAGGAAUUAAGAGACUGUGCGGCAUGGUUCAGUACAUGGCGAAGUUCCUUCCAGACCUUUCUACCAUAAUGGAGCCGCUCAGAGAACUUACUCGCAAAGAUAAGGCAUGGCAUUGGUCUAAAGACUGUGAAGCAGCAUUUCAGAGGAUCAAGAUGAUGCUUACAGAAACUCCUGUACUAGCUUACUUUGACCCUGGGAAGGAAGUAGUAGUACAAGUGGACAGUAGUAAAGACGGCAUUGGUGCAGUUCUCCUCAAGACGGUAGACCAGUGGAGUAUGCAUCUAGAUCACUGA